UGACUUUCUCCCUCUCUCUCUGUAUAAACAUUUGCCAAACCUAAACAAACCAAAUCCCAUUUGUACCUCUCUAUUCGCCACCUCUAUUGCAUGCUCUCUGCUCAUCUCUUUCCUGUUCUCUCUUUUAUAAAAAGAUCAUUCAGAAGCAAAGAAUUGUUACAGCAACAACUUUGAUGGCAGUCGAAGCUCGGCAUGUGCACCUUUUUCCUUCUCACCUCAUCACCAAUAGGGAUUUCUUGAAAACCAAUCAAGAGAACGCCAGCAACAUCAACAUAUACGAUACCCAGAUGGAUUCUGGCUUUACUUUCAAUGAAACAAUGCCUGCAGCACCGUUUUUGCCUUUCUAUCAGUCUCUUGCCUGUGAUCCGAUUUUGGCCAAGUCAUCCGUGAAUAAUAAAGAUGAUAGUGGACUGACAUACAAUGUUUCUGCUCCAAGGAAGCGGCCCAGAGAUCCUAUCAAUGAUUUUGAUGCUUUUACAGUCUGUCAUCAGAAGACCAAAUCCUCUGGUUUGUUAUCGUUUCUUGAUGAAGAUAUCAUCUUCCAGAUCCAACAGCAGCAAUCUGAAACCGACCGCUUAAUUGCUGAACAUACUCAGAAAGUAAGAAUGGAGCUAGAAGAAAGAAGAAAAAAGCUAUCAAGAAUGUUGGCAGCAGCAAUCCAACAAGGAAUGAUCAAGAAACUGAAAGAAAAAGAUGAAGAGGUACAAAGAAUAGGAAAAUUGAACUGGGUUCUCCAAGAAAGAGUGAAAAGUCUAUACACAGAGAAUCAGAUUUGGAGAGAAUUAGCGCAGACCAAUGAGGCCACAGCAAACACUUUGAGGACCAAUCUUGAACAAGUUCUAGCGCACGUUAGCGACGAGCGCCGCGUCACCGGUGGUGGUGGUGGAUGUGCCGCAGCCGCCACGCUGGCAGAUGAUGCUGAGUCGAGCUGUGGAAGCAAUGAGUACGGGCGGCGCACGUUAGCAGGAGUGGGGGAGGAGGAGGCGGAUGCGGUGGUGAAGGAUAAGAUGGCGGUCGCGGUGAACGAUAACAGCAGCAGCAGCAGCAGCAACAGCAACAAAACCAACAGGAUGUGCAAAAAGUGUGGGGAGAGAGAGUCUAGUGUGCUGUUGCUACCAUGCAGGCAUCUGUGCCUGUGUACAUUUUGUGGGUCCACUUUGCUUGGCAGUUGCCCUGUUUGUGAUUCUGCCAUGACUGGUAGUGUACAUGUUAACUUGUCUUGAAGAUCUUAGAAAGAAGAACAAAAAAAAAAAAAGGAAAAAGAAAAUACUUCUUAGAAAUGAGAAAGAGAAAAAAAAUUAGAUAAUAUACAAUUUUUUCAUUUAUUCGACUUCCAUUCCAUUCUUUUCA